AUGGAUUCCUGUGUUAUAGGCAAGAUCACAUUGAACACAUCCCUUCCAAUCGGCGACAUCGACAUCUAUUACCUCAACUGUGCCACAAUGUCGAAAUGUAGCAUGCUUAAGAAUCGAACCUGCCCUCUCUUAGAGUCAGAGUUAGGAGGUACUCCCAAGUUCGAUCUCAAAAGUUGUGACUUCACAUGCUGCCAUGGGGACCUCUGCAAUGCUCCAUCAAUAUCCCCUUCGUCACCAGCGGCAUCAACCGCUGAAUAUCCCGUUGGCACUGGCACAACUGCGAAGUCAUUGGUGAAGAGCAGUGUUCCACCAACAUCCGCUCGGUUUGGAGUUCUGAUUUUGAUGGCUUUGACUGCUGUGAACUUUUAG